CUUUCGGCCAAACUUUGAUCAUUACGAUACAUACAGUCAAGUUGUUCUGUGCUCAUUACAGCUCAUAUGAAGCGUCUGCAGGAAAAAAGUUCGGGUGAUGCAAGCCGGCUUUCUGUGUGAAAACAACCAUGAAUAAUACAUCGAUGCGCUCGGAUUCUCUAGUUUUAAACAAAACCCACACCAGCGCCGCCUAUUUAGUAUCAGCUAACUGGACAUGGAUAGACACCUGCUCCACGGUCAUCUGCGUCAGUGGCGUCAUUCUCAACGCCUUCGUACUGUACUUAUACCGCUACCGCGUUCCCAUAAUCACACCGUUCGGCUUCUACGUUAUUAUAUUAGCCAGCGCCCACGUCCUGAAUGGUAUCGUCCGCAGUCAGACUUUCAUGCUAAUUAAGGACAUUCUCCCCGUUCCCUAUGUCCGCCCUUUUUGCGUCGUCAAGCUCCUGAUUCUAACCAUAUUAGCGGCGUUUCUCCUAACCUAUCACGUGGUCAUCUACGCCAACCGUAUCUGGGCGGUGGUACACCCGGUAUCGUAUAGAGAAAAGAUUUCCAAACGUCUCACACUGUGGAUAACCGCUGCGUUGCUGCUGCUGAUUGCGGUGUUUAUUGUACCGGGACGAAUAAUGGACGCUUCGUAUCGUACGGCGUUGAACGAUCAAACAUGCGGAGUUUUCCUCGCAGCGCCUUCAAUGGUGCAGUGGAUGACGGCCGUUAACGCCGCUCUGUAUUUAACCCCGGAAAUCCUCAUCGUGCUGAGUUAUCCCGUGUUCCUGUAUGUAUACCGCCGAAAACGCUGGAUUCUGCGCUCGAAGCGCGUAACUUCGCACGGAACGCCGGAAACGUCGAGUUCGGAAUAUCAGCGCACCAAGAUGCGUCGCUCACAGUCGCUGUUUAUCUUGACGUUGCUGACCAUUAACAUGGUGGUGAUCUGGACGCCAGCGAACAUCUUCUACAUUACACAACUGCGGAUAGCCAGUGCCGCGGUGGCUACGGCCAUCUUAAUUAUGCUGCAGUCGCUACUGGAUCCGCUCAUGUUCCUUGUCGCGCAGCAUGAUCUACGCGCAGCGGCACAUCAGACGAUCGUCGGCCUUCGUCGGUAA